AUGAGCAAUUCGUGGAUAAACUACGUGUACAAACAGUUCACUGGAGAAGAAGACAAUGAACGCGCAACCAGCUCAUUGGAUGUCCUUUCUAAAGCCAAUAUUUGGUUCACAGAUCUUCCAACAAAUAACUUAGGUCCGAUUGAGGAAUCAUUCGGGGCGCGCAAGAUGACUAAAAAGGGUAAGAAGGAGAAAGAAUUGGAGGAGAAGGUGGCAGUCCUUGAACAACAAUACCUAGAGAGAGAGAAAGAACUCCUAAAAAGGAACUCUGCCUUGGAAAAUCAACUGAAAGAAUCACGUGACAAAAUGGACGAUCUACGCAUUCAGCAUGAAAAGGAAAACGAGUCUCUCCAGACUGAAAUUAAAGACUUGAAGGACACUCUACUUAGGAGAGAAAAGUGUCAUACAAGACAAAAAGAUCUUUUCAAAAAGAUGGCAGCUAAUGCCCAGAGUGAACUGGACAAAGCUCGGGCGGUCAUUUCAAAUCUCUCUGAAGGGAUGAAGGCCUGUGAAGCGACUCUUUCUGUAUCAAAGGAGACAAUCAGUGAGAAAGAUCAAAAAAUUCAACAGCUUACAUCUCAGCUAAACAAAUAUGAAGAUCUCCUUAAAAAAUUAACGGUUGAUACGAGAAAUUAUCACAAGAGCCUGCAGAAAGCUGCAGACGAUGUUGACAAAAUCAGUGAAAGACUGGAGGUUUCUCUAGAAGUCAACUCUAAGUUGGUUGAGAAGAUCAGUUUCCUUCAGGAUGAGGACAAAAAGAUGCAGUUUGAUCUUCAAGAAAGAAGAAACAAGGAGAGGCUAAACGACAAAAUGGGUAUGGUGAACCACUUAAAGGAAGAUCUGAAAACAAAACGUACUGAUGUGACAGUAGAAAUACUAGCCGGUGUCUACGACGACCUGCAACCUACAGAGCUCAAUGUGAAAAGCGGGGACUGUUUUCUCCCAAAACAAAAAAGUACUGUGCUUACAAAAGAGACAGAAACGCCUAAAGGCGAUGAAGCAAAUGUAAAGAAGACAGUAAAAGACAAAGGUGGCCCCAUCAGGCACCAUCAAUCACCCCUCCCUCCCAUAUUUGCACGACUAUCUACAUCUGAAGUAGGCCGAGCUAAAAAGGAUGACGACUGGCUGGUUAGGAACCAAGGAAACUUUCUACCUUUCUCCCAAAAGGGUAAGUGA